GGGUACGCAGCCCGUUAUCAGGAGCUUGCCAAGAAAAUCAAGGAGCAAGUUCCUGAUGCGGAGAUUUCAGAUGAAGUGGGCAGGAAAGGAAGCUUUGAAGUGAAGAUAAAUGGCAAGCUGAUAUUUUCUAAGAUCGAAACCUCUGGCUUUCCUUUUUCAGAAGAUAUCGUGGAAGCAGUCAAAAAAAUUAAGGAUGGAGGAAGCUGUGAGAAGAUCAUUAGGAACAAAAAAAUUUGCAUCCUUCAGUAGAAGGAACCAUGGCAUUUAAACCACUGGAAAUGGCACCUGGAUUCCAAGUUGGGAAUAGAUUCUUUUAAUGACUGUUUUUGUCAAAAAGAUGAUAAAAAUCAGGAAAAAAAACCAAGAAACUGUUCUCUGGGAUGCAGAGCUCAAGCGUGUCUUACUGAACUACAAUAAAGAGAAAUGAGUUCUUUGCAAUUUAAU